UCAACCUCCUUCAAUAAAUCAUCAAAAUAUGUUCUCCUCCAAAUCACUCCUCCUCUCGUCCCCCGUUCAAAAUUCCCCCUCCCCCCUCCUUCUUCCCCCCAUUUCAGAUCAUCAUGAUCCAAGCCAUGAUGUUCCUAGUCGGAGUAAAACUAGACCUAGAGCUGGUCCGACUCAUCAGAUCAGAACUAGACCCGGAGCCCAGGACCUACAUCAACAGCAUGAGAUGGAUCAGGAAAAAUGGCUUGCAAUUCCAGGCAUGAAAAGAAUCACACCAACAACUGAUCUAGAAGAUUCUAGAACCACACCAACAACUGGUCUAGAAGAUUCUAGAACCACACCAACAACUGGUCUAGAAGAUUUGAUAAAUGAAGUUUUUACAAACCCUUCUAAGCACAACAGCCAGGGUUCACAACAGCACAGUAAGGUUCAACAGCAAAUCCACGAGAAUGCUCUUAGACAACAACAUCGUAGAAAAGAGAAAUCCUUCGGAGCCCAUCAACUAGUUGAACUGGUUCACCAGGAGCUAGAGGAUCACGCUGAACCUCAGAUUGGUCUUCCUUCAAGAUUUCUACAAAAAGAAUUUUACAUGGAGAUUAAUGGAGAUGAUGAUCUUGAUGAAGGUGACAUAAAGAAGAUUGAUGGGUUAGAUUUACACACUGUUAAAGAUAUAGUGGAAAACAACUUAUGGAGAUGGGACGCAGAUGAAGGUCAUGAGCAGAUUUUUGAGAAACAUAAAAAGGAUUGUUCCCAAGCACAUAUAGAUGACUCAAAUGCAGACCAACCUGUACACAAGGAUGCACCACAUGGACAUCAACCUGUGCACAUGGCUGCACCUCAUGGGCACAUGGUUGCACCUCAUGAACACAUGGCUGCACCUCAUGGGCACAUGGUUGCACCUCAUGAACACAUGGCUGCACCUCAUGGGCACAUGGUUGCACCUCAUGGACACAUGGUUGCACCUCAUGGAGACAUGGUUGCACCUCAUGGACACAUGGUUACACCUCAUGGAGACAUGGUUGCACCUCAUAGACACAUGGUUGCACCUCAUGGAGACAUGGUUGCACCUCAUGGACACAUGGUUGCACCUCAUGGACACAUGGUUGCACCUCAUGGAGACAUGGCUGCGCCUCAUCUAGACAAAAGUGUGGUAAAGAAUUUAGCAGUGGUAAGUGCUACUCAUCAACAUGAAGAGAGUUUAAAUCCCGAACCUCUGAAUACUAGAGGUGGGAGGGAAGAGAAGAUGAAAAGGAUUCCUGAAGUAUCUGGAGUAAGAUCUCUUCAACCCUCUCCACCUCGUCAAGUUAAAGAAUCAGAACAUUUUAACUGUAUUGGUCGAGCUGCCAGGCUUUAUGCUGAUGUUGAAGCGGGUUGUAAGAGAUUUCUACUGUGCCAUGAGAGUGGUCGGAUGGGUAGGUUCAAUUGUCCUGUUGGAACAUUGUUUAAUGAACCUCUUCAGAUCUGUGAUUGGAAGUACAAAGUAACCUGCUGAAUUGUCCAGGUUAAGAUGAACCCUGAGUAAACAUGCAACCCUCAAUCCUUGAAUCCUGGAGUAGUGCAAUCCUAAACCAAACUUGCAGCAUUAUAUAUACUACAAUAUAAACUAUACAGUUUUUUUACAACAUUUUGAACUACAAUAUAAACUACAGUACUUA